GAUACGAAGGUAAAACACGAUCUGGCGACGAGCGAAUACAAUACGCGCCGUUUGGAAUGCGAAGAAGCCGUUAGGAUUUUAAGCGGAUUCUUGCCGAAUAUCGAACAAUUGCGCGAUGUUUCGGUUGCCGACUUUGAGAAAUUCAAAGACAAUUUGCCCGAUGUCAUUCAAAGACGCGCAAAGCAUAUCGUGACCGAAAACGAGCGCACUUUAAAGGCGGCGGAAUAUUUGAAACAGCAUAAUUUGAGCGAAUUCGGACGUUUGAUGUUUGAAUCGCACGAAAGCUUGAAAAACGAUUACGAAGUCAGUUGCGCGGAAUUGGAUUUGCUGGUCGAGAUCGCCAAAACGAAAAAGGAUAUUUUAGGCGCGAGAAUGACGGGCGGCGGUUUCGGCGGUUCGACGGUGAAUCUGGUCAAAAGAGAAAAUCUGGCGCAGAUCAUUGAAGAAAUCGGCACGGAAUAUGAAAAACAAACGAAAAUUUCUCCGACACUACUGAUUGCCGAAGCCUGCGACGGCGCGAGCGAAGUGAAUUCAAACUAA